AUGUUAUCUGGAAAAGGUGUUGCAUGUGAAUAUGAUGUUAUGUAUAUAACAAAAGUUGAAAUUCAAAAUGAAAAUCAAAUUGAAUAUGUUGUUCAAGCACCUUGUUAUAUUCGAAUUUUUGGUAGUAAGCUUUUACAAACAUUAGCACAAGGUUCACCGUUUGAUAAUAACCAACUGUAUGCCAAUGAUUUUACAACGAAACAAGAUGUUUAUGCCGUUAUACAAGAACAAAACAUACGUACAACAGACACAUCGACAAUAGAUAUGGAUCAAGCUAGUCUGUUUUUUCAAUACUCUGAUGCCUAUCCUCCAGCUGAUCCCGAUAUUCUUCAAAAAUUCGACGUAUGUAGACAAAAUUUAACUGAUGAACAAAAGAAAACUGGUCACGCUGACGAGCCCAUACCGAGAAAUUUAAGCAAAAAAUUUCGUCUUUUGUUACAAUUUUAUAAGAAAUAUCGCCAUAUGAAUAAUGAAUUAACAGCGAAAACUGAAGCUUCCUAUGAAUUUCGUCUGUCAUUUUCCAUUAUUGAAGCAAUACUGACCAAAUCUCAAUCGGCUAAUCAAAAACUACUGAAUAGAAUAGCUCGUAUCAUUUAUUAUAAAUAUCUAAAAAUUGAAGCGAGGGAGUUUGAUAAACCAAAAAUUCCUUCAUAUUUCGUAAAAACACGUGUUUUAUGGAUGUGUGAAAUAUUUGAUAUUGGACGCGACGAUAAAGAACAUCUUGCGAUGAAAUUCAUCGAAUAUGCUCGUCAAACACUUGAAACUGGUAUGUCAACAUUAUUUCAUUGA